CCAAUUCAUGACGCUAAUCUUUUACACACAGACGGCGGCAGGUCUGCACUCUGUGUCCGUGCCGAACUUCAAGCAGCACGUGACCGAGCACAGCCGCUUGUCAGACCGCACGAGCCGCCGAUUGACGCGCACCUACCAGCUGUACAGCCGCACAAGCGGCAGACACGUGCAGGUGCUGAGCAAUAAGAGGGUUGUGGCUAACGGCGAGGAUGGAGACGUGCACGCCAAACUGAUUGUGGAGACCGACACGUUUGGGAGUCGGAUUCGUAUCCGUGGAGCUAAGACAGGCUUCUACAUAUGCAUGAACAAGAAAGGAAAGCUGAUUGGACGGAGGAAGGGUCAUGGCAAGGACUGUAUUUUUACUGAGAUCGUCCUGGAGAACAACUACACAGCACUGCAGAAUGCCAAGUACAAAGGCUGGUAUAUGGCGUUUACACGUAAGGGCCGUCCACGGAAAGCGACACGCACGCAACAGCACCAGAGAGAAGCUCAUUUCAUGAAACGCUUUCCACGGGGACACCUGCUUACUGAGUUCAAGCCCUUCGAUAUUGUCCCUUAUCAGCUCAACAAGAGGACUAAACACAGCCACCGGCCUGGCGUCAACUAAGGAGGCCCACUGACUCUCUCUCUCACACACACACACACACACACACACACACACACACACACACAAUAUAGAGCUAAGCAAUAGCACACAUCUUUAAAAAGACCUCUUGUACAGUAGCUUGAACAAUCAAACUGGAUUCGAUUUGUGUGUAUCUUAUUUAAAUGCAGAGUUAUGAGACUUUAUUUGACUUCUGAAGAGACUGAGCCUGGACUGCUUCUUCACUAUAAUUUAAAGAGAGAGAGAUUGUUCUCAAAUCAGCUUACUAUGGAAAGGCUCCAUAAGUAAUAAUGCGCAGUUUAUCUCUGGGAAUGAGAUACACACACACACAUACACACACAACAAAUACACUCACACAUGGCAGCUACGUUGUUUGAAACAAUCCCAUUCAGCAAAAUACAUCACCCUCUCUGGUGUACUUCUGCAGAUUUGUGUACGUCUUUUG